AUAUUACUGUCUUCCAUUGCCGAGAGCCCGAAAAGACGAAGAAACAGAGAUCAGAAGAGAGGGAGGAGGACGUCUUCUCUCCUUCGCCGUCUCUUUCAACGUCUUCCUCCUCCUCCUCAUCGCCUUCUUCGCCCACUCCUUCACGGGAUAGCCGUCUUGAUUCCCCAUGUCCAUCCCCAAGAAGCCCAUCCUCAAGCCUUUCUUCCUCAUCUUCCUUUCCUUUUUCCUCUUCUUACACCUCUUCCUAUCCUCCAAGAAAGCCCCAGACUCCCCCUCCUCCUCCUCCUCCUCCGCCGCCGCCGCCGCCAACACCCCCCCGCUCAUCCGCAUCCGACCGGGCUUCCGCUCCUACGACGACUACAUCAAGCUGCAGCUGAACAAGACGCUCAACCCGCGCCUCCGCCGCGUGUGGGCGACGCGCGACUGGGACCGCAAGGUUCGCGUCUUCGCCCGCUUCUUCUCCGAGCUCAAGGCCGAGGGCCUCCUCACGAACGCCUCCGCGGCGCUCUGCGUCGGGGCGCGCCUUGGGCAGGAGGUGGCGGCCCUGCGGGGGCUCGGCGUGGCGGGCGCCCUGGGGAUGGACCUGGUGCCUGCGCCGCCCCUGGUGGUGGCGGGCGACUUCCACGCGCAGCCCUUCCCGGACGACUACUUCGACUUCGAGUUCUCCAACGUGUUCGACCACGCGCUGUACCCGGAGCGGUUCGUGGCGGAGGUGGAGCGCACGCUGCGGCCGGGCGGGGUGGCGGUGCUUCAUGUGGCGGUGCACCGGCGAGGGGACAAGUACUCCGCCAACGACCUCCUCGGGGGUGUCGACGGCCUCGUCGCCCUCUUCAAGCGUUCCGAGCUGGUCCGCGUCCGCAAGGUCGACGGCUUCGGCCUCGACACCGAGGUCGUCCUCCGGAAGAAGCAGAAGUAGAAGAUGAAGAAGAAGAACAAAUAGACUCGAGAGGUCCUUCUAUGUAUAUUUUCUUUCUUUCUCAUCGAGAAAGAAAAUGAAGAUAUUAUUUUGGUGCAGGAAUUUUUUGGAAUUGGAAAGGAGGUGAUGAUUGUUUGGAUUGAAAA